CGGUCGUGUGUCGGUGCAGAUCAACGGCAACGCGGGAGAGUGGCUGUGUGUGUGUGCUGAGCGAUGAACGAUAAUCUGCUUAAAAUGUGCCCCUCGGGCUUUGCGAUGGUUUUGUGUGGCGUACUGUACGCCGCACUGUGUUCGGAUGUCUCCGAAGCCACUCCGAAGCUGGAGGUCGUCAAACAGUGGAACCUGCUGAACUUCAACUUCCCCUGGGACUACCCGGCGUCGAGCAAGCAGUUCUACAACCCGGAAAACAUCGUGGCCACCGGGCUGGAGGUAGGCUACGAUCGGAUAUUCAUCGCCACCCCGCGGCUGUUCUCGGGCGUGCCGGCCACAAUCUCCAGUGUGCCGCGUGGGACCAACGGGGACUCGCCGGUGCUGCAGGCCUACCCGGACUGGACGCACCAUCGAGCGGCCACGAAGGAGUACAACUGCACCGAGAUAGGGCUGGUGUCGGUGUACCGUAUGCGCGUCGACUCCUGUAACCGGCUGUGGGCGCUGGAUGCCGGCGUUUCGCGGUCACUGGAAGACUUCGAGGUGACCUGCCCACCGAAGAUUCUAGUGUACGAUCUGCACACCGAUCAGGUGGUGCGCCGGAUCGACUUUCCGCCGGAGGUCGUGCGGCGUGAAUCGCUCUACACAAACCUGAUCGUGGACGAGACGGGUUCGCGACCCGAGAACAACUGUGACGAUGUGUUCGUGUACAUCACGGAUACGGUGGCGCCCGGUAUCGUGGUUUAUGACAGUGGCAAGGACCUUACGUGGCGCGUCAGCCACCCGGCGAUGUACCCGGACCCGGACUUUGCCCAGUCCGCCAUCCUCGAGCACCGGUUCACGCUGAUGGACGGGAUCGUGGGGCUGGCGUUCGAUAUGGAGGCGGGAAUAGUGUACUUCCAGCCGUUGGCCACUGAUCGUAUCUUCUCGGUCACGACGGCGGCACUGCGAGCCGGACCGUUGCCGUUCGGCAAGGAGCUGCCGGUGAAGUUGGUUGGUCGCAAGUCGUCGCAGGGCAUCGGUCUAGCGGCUUCCCCGAAGGGUGGCACCAUUUUCUUCGCUCCGCUCACCGAAACGGCCGUUGCCUCGUGGAAUCCUCGGACGAACGAACAUCACAUUCUGGCCAAGGACCAGGAAAAGAUUCAGUUCGGAGCGGAUUUGCGCACUCCCGACCGUGACGGUUCUGCGCUGUACGUGUUGACGUCGAAGUUCCACCGGUUCUUCCUGAAAAAUCUCGACGCCAAUGAGUUCAACACCCGUAUCCUGCGCAUCGAUGGUGUGGCUACCCCCAGUGGACACUUGGCCGUCCGUAAUCCCCUCAAACCGACCGUGCCGUACGACACGCUGAACGGAAAUAACUACUACCACUCGUCGGUGGUGCUGCCGGUUCCGUAUAAGCCGGUCCCGCCCGGGGAGAACUAUGCUCUACCACCGGCGGCCACUACCUCAACGCCGGUCAGCGUGUUCGGAUCGGGUGGCGGCAACUUCGGGCAGAGUCUGCGUGCCAAGAAUCCAUUUGGCCUUGGGGAGAAACCUAAAUUGAAUCCAUACUUUGUCCUGAACAGUGGCGAGAAAGCGUUCCCAUCCAGAGCCCCGUUCGGGCUGAAUGGGGCCACGUUUGUGCCGAAACUCAAUCCGACCUUUAACGAUUUGAAUGUGCUGCGGUACCGGAAGAGUUUACCACUGAACGCAACGACGCCCCACUGAGAA